AUGAAACAUCCAAUUUUCUUUCUAUUCUUUGUGUUGAUUACAACUUCAGUAACUAUUGCUAGAUCAAGUAAACGACUCAAAUUUUAUCGAUGUGGUAAUUAUCCCAUACCAACUGGACACGUAUCCAUGUCACCCAAUCCCAUUGUUUCAGGCCAACAUGUUACUUUUAACAUUUCCGGAACCGCAACUUCCGACUUUACCGACACUGCUACUGUUAACGUUUUUAUUUCGAAUCAGACAUACGGAGCCAACUUUUGUAAACUCUAUAAAAAAUGUCCCGUCAAAGAAGACACUAAGUUUGACAUCUCGUACACAUUUAAACCGGCGCCUGCGAACUAUGAUGAAAUUACCAUCGAAAUAGACGACUGGAGCAGACUGUAUUGCGCUACAAGCGUCCCGCCACCAUAA